AUGAGUAAAAUUGACAGGAUUUUUGUGAAUCAAAAGUAUGUGGACAGAUGGUCUGAUUCUUGCUUCUCGGCCCUUCCUAGGUACCUCUCCGAUCACUCUCCCAUAAUGCUAAAGUCAGCCUCUCUUGAUUACGGGCCGACACCCUUUCGGUUUUACAAUUCUUGGCUUGAUGUUCCGGAUUUCGAUAAAGUGGUAAAGGAGCUAGAAGAGUCUUUUGUUUUUGAUGGGCCUCCUGAUAUAAGACUGGCAUAUAAGUUGAAGCACUUUAAAGAAGGUAUAAAACAGUGGGUUAAGGUUAAUAAAAAAAGUGAGGAAGUUAAAUUUGAGUCCUGUAAAUCUGAAUUAUCUCUCCUGGAUGAGAUUUUGGAGCAAAGGGACUUAGAGGAAGAGGAGGAGUGGGUUAGACUGGAGUGCAUAAAAGACCUGGAGGAAUUAGAAUGGAAAAAAACCAAAGAUUUGCGUCAAAAGUCUAGGGAUAAAUGGGUCUCUUCGGGCGACGAUAACACGGCCUUUUUCCAUUGUCUCAUAAAACACAAGGAUCUCUCUAAUAAGAUUCACGGGUUAGAGAUUGGUGGUAGGUGGUGUACCAUCCCGAACAAGGUGAAGAAGGAGGUUCAUCGAUUCUUUAAGGAGAGAUUUAAAGAGAACUGGGGUGUUCGUCCUAGUCUUGACGGGGGUGGGUUCAAGGAAUUAUCGGUUUUUGAGCAAGAGGCAUUGAUAGCUCCUUUCUCUCAUUCCGAGAUUAAAGAAGCGGUUUGGGAUUGUGGGAGUAACAAAGCUACGGGGCCCGACGGUUUUAAUAUAAAAUUUAUCAAGCAUUUCUGGAAUUUUCUAGAAAGGGACUGGAAGGAAUUGGUGAACUAUUUUCAUGUUAAAGAGACAUUGGAUCAGUCCUUUUGUUCUUCCUUCAUAGCAUUGGUCCCUAAGGUGAAAGGAUCGACUAGACUGGAAGAUUUUAGACCUAUCAAUUUCGUUGGAGUGGUGGUUAAAAUUGUUUCAAAUUGUUGGCUAAUAGAAUGA